CUCCCUUCGCUUUGUUUGCUUCAUUCCUUAUUAUACCACGCCCUCAAUUUGACUGCAGCCUCGAUGAGUGGAUUUCAGGUUAUUUGCUGGAUUUGCAGCAGUAUUUGCAGGGAGUAUGGAGCUGUGUCAGAUCGUCGUCACAAAUUUCGUUCAUCGUUAUUUAUCUUGUCGCGAACGGAGAUAAUUGCAACGACCGACUGAUUAAGACGACAGACCGCAUACCAAUGGCUAUCUUUUCCCAAGCUGUGGUUUUCAAUAUUGCUAUGCAUUCAACUCUCUGAAAAAGAUAGACAAGGCCCUAUCUAUUGCCUCUUUGCCAACCGCAACAAUGUAUCAGGUUAUAAGAGGAUUUAUACUAACGGACUCCCGAUGCUGGGAUCCCGACAGUCAAAGGUCAUACCAGGACCUGUUCGAUAAACUGGACACCAACAAGGAUGGGAAGGUGGAUGUGGCCGAAUUGAGAGCAGGUCUAACCGCAAUGGGCAUAUCAUUCCGCAAAGGUGCAGCGCAGAAAAUUGUAUCGUCCGGUGACAAAAACAAAGAUGGAGGGCUUGACUUCAACGAGUUCAACAAAUAUCUGAAAGAGCAUGAAAAGAAACUGCGCCUUACGUUCAAGAGCUUGGACAAAAACAGCGACGGGCGCAUCGAUGCCUCUGAGAUUAAGCAGUCCCUUGAAGAGCUGGGCAUGGACAUCACCCAGGAAGAGGCCCAGACCAUCCUACAAAGCAUGGACAUCGAUGGUACCAUGAUGGUGGACUGGAACGAGUGGAGGGAUCACUUCCUGUUCAACCCUGCCCAUAACUUGAACGAGAUCGUACGCUACUGGAAACACUCCACGGUGCUGGACAUAGGAGAGAGCAUUGCCAUCCCUGAUGAGUUCACCGAGGAGGAGAAGACCUCUGGAGGCUGGUGGAAACAGCUGGCUGCCGGGGCGAUGGCCGGGGCGGUCUCUCGCACAGGCACCGCCCCCCUGGACAGGGUGAAGGUCUUCAUGCAGGUCCACUCCUCCAAGUCCAACCGGAUCACCCUGUUGGGAGGAUUCAAACAGAUGAUUAAGGAAGGGGGCGUGGCCUCACUAUGGCGAGGGAACGGGAUCAACGUGUUAAAGAUUGCCCCUGAGACCGCUAUCAAAUUCAUGGCCUACGAACAGUAUAAGAAGCUGCUGACACCAGAGGGAGAGAAGGUCCAGACCUACCAGAGGUUCAUGGCUGGCUCUCUGGCAGGCGCCACGGCCCAGUCGUCCAUCUACCCCAUGGAGGUCAUGAAGACCAGACUGACUCUGGGGAAAACUGGCCAGUAUAAUGGAAUGUUUGACUGUGCCAAGAAGAUUCUGAGGAAAGAGGGCAUCAAAGCCUUCUAUAAAGGCUACACUCCCAACAUGAUAGGCAUCAUUCCCUAUGCUGGCAUCGACCUAGCUGUUUACGAGAGCCUGAAGAAUGCCUGGUUGUCCCGCUAUGCCAAAGACACGGCCAACCCUGGCAUCCUGGUGCUGUUAGGAUGUGGCACCAUCUCCAGCACGUGUGGCCAGCUGGCCAGCUACCCCCUCGCCCUGCUCCGCACACGCAUGCAGGCGCAGGCAACUCUGGAUGCGUCAGACAAGUCCACCAUGAGUGGGCUAGUGAAGGGGAUCCUGGCUAACGAGGGGUUCUUUGGACUCUACCGGGGUAUCCUGCCCAACUUCAUGAAAGUCAUUCCUGCUGUGAGCAUCAGCUAUGUGGUCUACGAAUACAUGAAGACCGGCCUGGGGAUCUCAAAAUGAGGAAUGAACCAUCUCCGAAUGAUGCAGGGAUCGCGAAAUAGGUUGUUAGGUCGUUAGAUCUUUUAGACAGUCAACCAGAUUUGUGUUGCACAUAGACUUCUAUGUUCUCGCGUAGCCAAACAUCGAGAUCACGUGCGAGGAGAAGCUAAGGCUAGUUCAAACUAAGGCUAGUUCAAACUAAGGCUAGUUCAAACUGGGCCAUAUCAGUAAACUCCAAAAAUGACAUUCACCCCUUUAACGCACAGCGAUGUGAGACAUAUCCAACACAAAAGAUGGUGCAAUAUAACUGAGAAGAACUGCAUUAUGGGUCUUACACUGUAUAAGGGGAAAGGAGAAGGUAUUCAGGUGAACACUGUUGAGAGCUUUGUCUUAAGUAUUUUCUGCUCUUCUUUAAUAUGAAGUACUCCAUGUGCACGUAAGCGAUUAUAUUAUUAUUUAAGUGUGCCUUACCCUCAGUUAAAUAUCAUAAUUGUAUCUUUUAUUUGGUUGGUUUUUAGUGAUGUUUUUACACUUUCAGUGUAAUUUACAACAGCCUCAAUGCUAUGUUUUUUAUGUGUUUUUCCCCCCAUAUGGAUUUCCAUUGUUGUUCUUGACUGUUAAGCUGUAUCCCUAGCAAAAUAUUUAGACUUACAAACCUGCAUGCAAAUAUUGCCUGUCAAUCAUGAAGGGAGCUGAGGGAAAGUCUUAAAAACGGAAAUUCAAUCUGCUAAUACUGUAAUUCAGAAUAAUCCCACCUGUGACACACACACACACACACACACACACACACACACACACACACACACACACACACACACACACACACACACACACACACACACACACACA